CAUCCACCGUUUACAAAUGUAAACACGAGCUGGUCGAUAGGUUUGAAGCUGGUGGACAAACUUACCACUUUCAUGGGGAUUUUUUUUUGUGUGGUGAAUAAAUCUAGUCUGGGGAACUGUUUGGGGUAAACACGAGCGCUUCCUUCACACUUCAAACAGCUAUUUAAAAAGGUGGAAAUAGGUUUAUUGUUUGAGAGAAUCCCUCCCUCAUGUUCUGCGGGGCGCACUACAUUCGACGGUCUUGAAAUAUUGAUUUGGCGUCAUAUUCUGCCCCUUCAGAAUCCUCACAUAUGUGAGAUCACAACGGUUUUCAGCGUGUCGGGUGGUUUAUGGAGCCAGUCUCUUGCUGGAAAGUGUGUGUUGGUGUGCGUGCAAGCGCGCGCCUCAGGCACAGGUCCUCGCGCGUUGGAGCCUUUCUCGGUGCGCGUGAGGAUAGUGGGCUCUGCGCGCAUGUGCGUCCACACGGAUCACACUGCAGUUUUCUGAAUAUUUACAUUUAGAAACAAGAAGAGAAUGGAUGGAACCGCAGUGAGUCCCCUCGAGUGAAGUGCGCGUGCACGUCAGGGUCCCAACGGGUCUUUUCCACCGUGGCCAGCCGAAUGAAUCCCAUGACACAACUGUACUAUAAGAAGGCGACAUACUCGCCAUACCGGGACCGCAUCCCUCUCCAGAUUGUCAGGGCAGAGGUGGAGCUUUCAGCGGAGGAGAGAGCGUACCUCACAGCUGUUGAGAAAGGUGACUAUGCCGGCGUCAAACAUGCUCUCCGGGAGGCUGAAGUCUACUACAACAUGGAUGUUAACUGUCUGGACCCUCUGGGCCGCAGCGCUCUCCUCAUCGCUAUUGAAAACGAAAACCUGGAAAUCAUGGAGCUCCUGCUGGACCACGGCAUCCACACGGGUGACGCCUUGCUCUACGCCAUCAGGAAGGAAGUGGUGGGCGCUGUGGAGCUGCUCCUGUCGCACAGACGGCCCAGUGGCGAGAAGCAGGUUCCAUCACUGAUGAUGGACAGUCAGUUCUCAGAGUUUACCCCAGAUAUAACACCCAUCAUGCUCGCGGCUCACACCAACAACUACGAGAUUAUCAAGCUGCUCGUCCAACGCAAGGUCACAAUUCCCAGACCCCACCAGAUCCGAUGUGACUGUGUGGAGUGUGUGUCCAGUUCAGAGGUUGACAGCCUCCGACAUUCAAGGUCCAGACUCAACAUCUACAAGGCUUUGGCUUCCUCGUCCCUCAUCGCACUUUCCAGCGAAGAUCCUAUUCUAACUGCCUUCAGGCUGGGAUGGGAACUCAAGGAGCUUAGCAAGGUGGAGAAUGAGUUCCGUCAGGAAUAUGAAGAACUGUCUCAGCAAUGUAAGAGAUUUGCCAAAGACCUUCUGGACCAGGCCAGGAGUUCUAGAGAGCUGGAGACCAUCCUGAACCACAGAGACAAUGACCAGAGUGAAGAGCUGGACCUCAGGCAGUGUCAUGACCUGGCCAAGCUCAAACUUGCCAUCAAAUAUCAUCAAAAAGAGUUUGUAGCACAGCCAAACUGCCAGCAGCUUUUGGCCACGUUGUGGUAUGACGGCUUCCCUGGCUGGAGACGCCGACAUUGGGCGGUGAAGUUGGUCACCUGCUUCAUCAUCGGCCUCCUCUUUCCUGUCUUUUCACUGAUCUACCUGUUGGCUCCUAAAAGUGCUCUGGGACGUUUCAUCAAGAAGCCAUUCAUCAAGUUCAUCUGUCACACAGCCUCCUACCUGACCUUCCUCUUUCUCCUGUUGCUGGCCUCGCAGCAUAUUGCCCGAACAAACCUACAUAUGCAAGGACCCCCGCCCACCAUUGUGGAGUGGAUGAUUCUCCCAUGGGUGCUGGGUUUCAUCUGGGCUGAGAUAAAGGAGAUGUGGGACGGUGGCUUCACUGAGUACAUCCAUGACUGGUGGAACCUGAUGGAUUUUGCCAUGAACUCUCUCUACCUGGCCACCAUAUCUCUGAAGAUAGUGGCCUACGUCAAGUACAACUCUUCUCGUCCUCGGGAAGAGUGGGAGAUGUGGCACCCGACUCUGAUCGCAGAGGCUCUUUUCGCCAUCGCCAACAUCUUCAGUUCGCUAAGACUCAUCUCCCUCUUCACCGCCAACUCACACCUCGGGCCACUGCAAAUCUCGCUGGGAAGGAUGCUGCUGGACAUUCUCAAGUUUCUCUUCAUUUACUGCUUGGUUUUGCUGGCGUUUGCCAAUGGAUUAAACCAGCUUUAUUUCUACUAUGAGACCACAGCGGCAGAAGAACCCAGCAACUGCAAAGGCAUUCGCUGUGAGAAGCAGAACAAUGCCUUCUCAACGUUAUUUGAGACACUCCAGUCUCUGUUCUGGUCCAUAUUUGGUCUGCUGAACCUCUACGUCACCAACGUGAAGGCCCGACACGAGUUCACCGAGUUCGUGGGAGCGACCAUGUUUGGGACGUACAACAUCAUCUCACUGGUGGUUCUGCUGAACAUGCUCAUCGCCAUGAUGAACAACUCUUAUCAGCUCAUAGCAGACCAUGCUGACAUCGAGUGGAAGUUUGCCCGCACAAAGCUGUGGAUGAGUUAUUUCGACGAGGGCGGCACUCUGCCUCCUCCAUUCAACAUCGUCCCCAGCCCCAAGUCCAUCUGGUACCUGCUCAUGUGGCUCCACAACAAGCUGUGUCGGCGAGGGCAGCCACCUGGGGAGGACACGCACAAAUGUGAGAACCUCCGCGAGUUCACGGAGCGUCAUGCUGACAGUCUGAUCCAGAAUCAGCAUUACCAGGAAGUGAUCCGGAGCCUGGUGAAGAGGUAUGUGGCAGCCAUGAUACGCAGCGCUAAGACAGACGAGGGACUGACAGAGGAGAAUUUUAAGGAGUUGAAGCAAGACAUCUCAAGUUUCCGCUACGAAGUUCUGGACCUCCUCGGAAACCGACGACCGCCAAGAAGACAUUACUCUUCCUCUAGUGAGGCCCAGAGGGACGAUGGGGGCGUGGCCUCUGAGGACGACAGCGAAUCGGGUGAUGGCACUGGGGUAGCAAGCCAGAGGUCAAAGGGCGUUAGCUUCAUGAUACCUCAUGAUGAGGAGCCUAGUCCAACACCAACCCUUGGAGUUUCUGCUUUGGUCCGUUCCAUCUCUGGCAUGAAGCAGGCGGAAAAAGGAGACAAGGUGGAGGCUGAUACCGAGGAGAUAGAUGAGGGCCUUGUUUGGGGAGAGGAAGAGGAGGAAGAGGGGAAACCAAAGAGCAAUGGUUUGAAGACUGCUGUUAUUCCUCCCCCCACCAACACUGUCAAUGCUUCUCCAUCUUCGUCCUUCUCCUCUUCGCUGUCCUCAUCGCUGGCCCGCACACGGAGUCGGCUGCAACGGCUCUCAGCUCCGGCAGCGAAAACGGACUCUUUCAAGCGACUGUCAUACUUGUUCUCCCGCUCCAAACGCAGAGCUCCCCCAAUGCCCCUUCCCCUCCAGUCUCCACCCUCCUACACCAUCUCUGAUGGAUUGCUCCUCCCUCUGGGGAGCCACUCGGACUUUGGUGACGUGACCAGAAGCGAGACUCACCUGAAUGAAGUCGGCCGAUCAGUCGAUAACCCCUCCUUCACUCCUCUGAGAACGAACGGUCGGGACUCGCUCCUGACGCUGCCCCUCCCGCCCCCUUGCCCCUGUCAAUCACUGCACUGUGCUUCCAACAUGUCCGAGUCCAGCUCCCGACUCCUGGACUCCAACGAGGACGUUUUCCAGGGAGGAUGUGGGGACAGAUCAGGCGAGAACAGAGAGGAUGGAGGAGGGGGGCGAGGGGUGAUGAUGAUGGGGGGCUGGGUUGGACCCUGUGAUGAUGUCAUAGAGGACAGCUGUGAGGUCAUAGAGGACUCUGUCACCACGCAGCUAUAGGAGGAGGAAACAGAGACUGUUUUUGUUUGUUUGUUUCUGUUCAGAACUAUUGGAACUAGGAUGAGAGAGACCGAGAGAGAGGGAGGACGCAAACAAGCGAGAUGUUCUUCAGGAUCAAGGGAAUUCCAACUCACAACAGCUGCUGUGAUUAUAAUGAGUAAUAAUGGUGAUGGAAGCAGGACGGCUCGUUCAUGCAUACAGAAUCGACGUUGUCUGGAUUUGCAAGCAAGCCAUGUCAUUCUUUUAUAAAAAAUAAUAUUUUUGUUUUGAAAUGUGACUUGGCCUCUCAUUAAAAAAGCACCUUUAACUUAAUUUUAAUGAAAUAUGUUUCAGUAUUUCAUUAAAUCCGUCAAAUAUUUAUAGCAGAUCACUCCUUUGUAGUCGUCAUUGUCUUUCCUAUCCUCUAAAUAUAUUAGUGCCUACAAGUCGAACCAUUCAUGAGCCUCCCAGCAGCCAAAGAAAGAUUUCUUCUGUCUGUGCAGCAUUCAUGUCCAGAUAUCCAACACUGAAGACAGUUGAGGACAUGUGUACCUUUCAGCAUGUUGUUGGAUAUUGUUUCGUUGAUGGGGAAAUGUUGACACUCCUGCUCAUACUAGUGUUGUCGUACACAAAUGAAGUGACACCCAGCUUUGUGCCAUUUUCCAAACUCCUAAUCCCUAGUUGGUAAAGGACAAAACCACACCCGGAUGUAUGCAUCUGUUCCUUCCUCAGGGAACAUUGAUUCUGCUGGGCAACAUUUGUUUCCUGUCCUUUUGUAGAUCCUCCACCGAAAUUCAUCAUCAUCACCGAGAUGAUUUUUGACUUUGAUAAUCAUUCUUUAGCAAGGCAUAUCAACAAAGACCUUUUGCUACCUAACAAUGGAUUAUGAGGAAAUGCACAACUUGGAUCCAAUGAAGACUUUGCUGUCCUGGAAUUCCUCUGUCGCUCCCUUUAACCAACUUUAACUCAACCACGGAAGUAUGAAUGGACAACACUUUUACUCUCUGGAGUGGGAUUACAGGAACCGUGGAUUAACCUUCCUGGCCAAUGUUGGCUGGAUCACUUCUGCACCCUCUCUCUCUCUCUCUCUCUCUCUCGCGGCAUCAACAAGGGCCAAGGAACUUUACUUUCUUCUCAUAACAGUUAUACUAGUAAUAAAUAUAUCACUAAUAAUAAUAAGAGACUUAUACCAAUAAUAACUAUUCUGGUUUCUUAAGACUGUCUUUGCUUCUGUUUGAGUUGCCUCUAAUAUUCCGGCUUCUCGUUCAGCUCUUCCUUAAUAAGUACACUUUAUCCUCAUGAGUAAACGUGUUUGUGGUGGGAAGGACGGACGGAUGUGUGGAAUGGAGGGAGAGCAUACGGAAAGAAGGACAGGUGGGAUGAUGGGAGAGAUGAUUUUGCCUUUUGAUCUAUCUAGAAAAACUUCUGUUUUUUUUUAAGACAAGCAACUAAUUAAAACAAGGUCGGCAUGGGCAACGGCUGUUGAACUUUACUCUGGUUAAUAGAGGUGAGAAUUUAUGCAUGUUUGAUCUUAUAAUCUCAUGGCACACAGACACUCACACACACUCACACACACACACACACACACACACACACACACACACACUCAGAACAGCAUGUGUGUGAUGAGUACCUCCUGGCCAAAACUGUUGCCCUUUACCGCAACCCUCCAGAGAAAUCAGACUUGUCUAUCAACAACGCGAUGACAUCACCCCCAUCGCGCUCAACACUUGGCCAUAUUAUACGCCUGGCGUUUAUCUUGCAGUGUGGAGAAGGGUUCCAGCCUGUCUGUCCACUGCAUGCUGUUGUCAUUGUAUUAAAUCUAGAACACUGGUGCGACAAUGGAUUUGCUCCAAAAAUAACGUUUUCAGCAGGUGUUUCAAGAAAAAAUCAAGUUUGAACACGGUGAAUAAUGGAAAGGACAAACAUAUUUACUGGAAUACACCACUCUGGAUUUGUCUUUAUUGAAAUGUAGUUCCUUUAAUUGCAGUUCCUUACAGUAUCUAAUCCCACUGGUAUAGACAAUAAUGUACCUGAUGUGUUUAUAGGAAAAUGGAGGAGGAACAAUAUGACUUUCAAUGUUGCCCCUGAUGUUAUGGCUCAUGUCGGGGAGCUCAGAUGACAGACCCUACUCUAGGUCCGGCUCCAGGGUUGGGCACAUACAGUAGGACCAAUAGUCCAGUAACACCAACACGGUCCUCCUAUACUCAUAUACAGAGCAUCUAGGGCCUUGCUCAUGCAAGAUGAGCCUCUGGUCGUCCACUCAGUGCCAUGUGUGUUGAGGUGGUGCAGGUGUCAGGAUGCCCCCUGGAUGCCUCCAGUUAUCUAGGUACAUUCAACGAGAGUUAUUGUGUAUCUCACUUGACCUGGAAAGGCCACUCAAUAUGAGCCCCACGGAUGGAUGGAUGCAAGCGAAUUUCACACGAAGCAUGUUUAUGUACUGGGAAUGUAUAGAACAGAACAAAGUAGUCAUCAUAGUUUGUGAAUUUAUGAUUCAUUAUUUCACUCAGCUGCCAUUUUGGCAUCCAGAGACCAUUCCAUUCAUAGUCCGUAGCUGAGUUUUAGCUGUAGCAAGGUGAUAGUCAGUCGAAAGUCAAGUCUGAACAGGUGCGUAUGCUGUGCUUAAUUUCCAAAAGUGUGUGAGACAAUACGGAUCAUUGAUCUUUUAAAGGCGAGUUUCAUUGAUACUCAUACAAAUUGUCAGAGAAAACACACAUGGGGCUGACACUCAAUCACUCUGAAGCGAUCAAUAACAGUAAUGUCGGUCUAAUCCCCCAGUGGGGUCUUUUUAGCCCUCGCCAUGGUCAGUGUUUAUCGGCCAAGGUUUAUUGAUCACACCAAUCCAUACUUAAAUUGUGUUGAGCCCUUGAUUGAUACGUAUUGACUUGACUGAGACCUGUGUGUGACACUACUACUACUGUGUGUGUGUGUGUGUGUGUGUGUCUACAGAGAUUUUUGUGCGUCAGUUGACUGAUUAAAGGCCAGUAGUUACAUCUGUGACAUGUUGAGAGCCAUGGAAAGAUGAGCAGAAAAAAAUUAAUUUCCCUGAAGCUCAUCAUCCAAAGAGGUGUUUGCACAACCUGACUCAACGGGAAAUGCUAGCUCUAUAUUCACAAAUGUAUUAUGCUGAGCAAAAGGAGCAUCACCUGCGAUGCUGCUCUUGCUGUGUGUCACAUUUAGCAAUGACAAGUCGACAGUUAUUUUGUUGCCCAAGUUCACAUUUACAUUGUGUAGAGAAUCCAAGACACGAGUCAACUAUGCAAUUUCUUGGCUACAAUACAGAACCAGUCACCACAGUUAUUUAAUCUGACUCUGGUCAGCUGAAUAAUAUUUUUGGGUCAUGUUUACAACAAAAAUGUUCAUAUAGGAGAGGAGUCUUACUGAAUGGAAUAUUUUAGGUGUGAUCCCAUUUGUCAACAGACACAAGGCUGGAGACACUCAGUUAAUACAGGUCAAGCUCGACAUAAAGUUUCAAUUUACACACGCAAAAAAGAGCAGAGACUUCUCAAUAUCACCACCACGCUAACGUUGGUGUUGUUGAGUGGCGGGUAAUAUCUGGUUAUAAACAAGGGGCUGCAAUUCUGAGUGACUCAUCACACAAACGUGCAAACAAACCCAUGCAUGCACACACCUCAAACAUGCACAACGACACACACAAAACAUCGUUCAGGUUCUCCCUCUCACCCUCCAAGGGGAUUUUGAGCUUUAAAAAUAACGAACCUUGUCCUUGUAUUCCUCUGUUUGUUUUGGAUUUCCACGAGGAGGAUGAAUGUAUGUUAUUUUUCUAGAAGCGGACGGCUAGCGCACGAUGAGAUUUUAAUAAAGGCAUCCU